UGCUGCUCGGUGAAUGCGAGCUCAGCAAAUACUCCUGGAGAAAGGAGCUACGAUUUCUCCUGUUGCAAAAGUCGAAGAUAUCAGCAAGUCCAAGAAUGAUGCACCAGUACAGCCGAACUUGAAUAUAUUCCCAACCACUUUGAUGGGGGACAGAAGACGGUGCUUCAGGCAAAACUGGUAUACUCUUCAUCCAUGGCUUGAGUAUUCUGUCAUAAUGGACUCUACAUAUUGCUAUGCAUGUAGACAUUUUAGCACACCAAAGGCCCCUGACACUGUUUUUGUUUCAACCCCUGGGUUUAGAAACUGGAAAAAUGCAACUAUGAGAAAGGCAGGGUUUUCAGUUCAUGCAAAGUCUGAGCGACACAAGUGUGCGAUGAUAGCAUGGCGGGAUUAUCAAAGUGCUGUUAAAAAUGAUGCAACACUAGCAGAUAUCCUUAACAAAGAACACACUAAACAAGUACAAGAAAAUCGGGCAUACAUUAAAACAAUUGGGGAAGUGCUGUUACUUACAGCUACACAAAACAUAGCACAAAGAGGGCAUGAUGAAUCUGAAGAGUCCAAUAACAAAGGAAACUUUAGGGAAAUUCUUAGCACAGUUGCUAACCACGACCCACUUGUUAAGAGAAGAUUAACUUCUAUUAACAAUGCAAAGUACACAAGCAAGAUCAUCCAGAAUGAGGUUUUGGGUUGUUUGGCAGAAAUGGUUCGUUCUGAAAUCAUAGAAGAAGUGAAGAACAGUGAGGUUUUCAGCAUCAUGGCAGAUGAAACAAAGGAUGUUUCAAAAAGUGAACAGAUUUCUUUCACACUCAGGUACUAUUACAAUGGGGCCAUUAAGGAGAGUUUUCUCCAUUUUGAAUCUGCAGAGAGGUUAGAUGCAGCAAGCCUAACUGGAAAAAUAGUGAACUUACUGGAAAGUUACGGCCUGAACUACAAAAAUAACCUUGUAGGCCAAGCAUACGAUGGCGCUGCCGUUAUGAGCGGUAAACAUUCAGGGGUUCAGGCAAGGAUCAAAGAACAGGCUAAAUUUGCCUUCUACAUUCAUUCCUCUUGCGAACGCAGUUUCUCCACACUGAAACUGAUCAAAACCUUCCUGCGGUCCACCACUACUGACAUGAGACUCAGUGAUCUUGGUGUCCUGAGCAUAGAGUCCAGAAGGGCCAAGGCUCUGGAUCUGGAUGCAUUUGUGGACCGUUUUGCCAGACAGCACAACCGCC